UCUGAGUUACAAACACACUCUGUACUCUCCGUAUCCUUCCCGACAAACACGAAUGCAGGACAGUGGCGUGAAGCAGUUCACUUCAGAUCUACAAACCCAGUUAAAGACCCUGGAUGAUAGAGAUGAAGAGGAUGAUGAUGAUGACGAUGUGCGCACGCGGACUGCAGUAACAGCAGCACGGACCGCAUUCCUGUAUCCAUCCAUUCAUCCCUGCACCUGAGUCCCCGGUGCGAUGGCCUGUGCUCUCAGUCUGUAGUGUCUUCCCUAGCAGGAGAGGUUGAAGAAGAACAGAAGCUUCAUGAACUGAAAAUACACCAACAAAAAAUACUUGAACAGAAACAGGACUUCUUUUAAGGCAUUAACAACUCCAUCUUGUCUCCAUCUUUGUCUGUCGCCUCUUUAAACCUUUUCUUUCUUUUAAUUUGUAUUGGGUUGUUAUGAAGUCAUGUCUCAAACUGGAAAAGUCCUUCAUUUAUAUGUGGAGGUGAGAUCCCCACCCGAGCCUGAUGGAAAUGGUCAUUCCUGUGAGACGUCAGUGGACCAAGAUGGUCCUGUUGAGGCAUUAAACAAAUUAGCACAGGUGGCAUCUGGGUUUACCUCACCUGCUGGCAAUGCACACUCCUGCGGUCCAUACAAACCAAACGUUAGCUUCCUACUUCAGCCCUCACAAUCCGUGGGUUCACCUCAGAAAUGCAGCAUUCCCCAGCUGGAGCCAUGCCCACAGGUGUCCACUGGACUCAAUAACAACACUGACGGUAAACAGUUGAAACAUGUGCACUCUUUAUCGAACUCUGGACAAGCAUCUGACCAUGGGACGCCUUGUCAAGCCUGCAAAAAACACCUGAACUCCAAACCAGAACUUGGGCAGAGAUCUGUGGUCACUUUCAGCUACAUCGAGAAACCUCACAUUAAAACCGUAGAGAGUCCGCGUAACAGCCCCAGUGGAAUAAAGGAAGAUGGGAGUUCACACAAGAGAUGUAGUGAUACAGUCAGACCCGGGCAUGCUGAAUCUUCUUACAAUAAUAGUCCUUUUCACCAGCACGUUGGGUCUACAGGAGUUCAUCAGUCUACUUUACAUCACGUUGGCCAUGCUUCAACACAACGAGCCCUGAAGGAGUUUGGCUCACCCCAGCUUAGAUGUAAGUAUGUCUGUGGGCCAAACUGGAGUCCAGAGUCUCACCAGUUCCAGAGGACACGUUGCCAGUCCUGGGCAGGCUCACUAGUGCCAAACUGCAGUGCCCAUCGCAAUGAUUCUGGUCCAGGAAGGGUAAAAGCUGUUUGUGACAUCGCUAAAAGCUCAGCCCACACUGGACAGACCCACCAGCAAAAAUCCACAUCCAGGUCCCAGAAAUGCUCCAAACAGAAACAUUCUUCAGCGCAAGACUGUACCAGUCAAGUCAGUCCGAGUUGUGAAAGCAGGACUAAAAAUAAGCUCUUAUCAGACCAAAGGAGCAGCCUGGUAAAUGCACUUACAGCUGGAUUAAACCAACUAAGUGGAAGCAAUAACUCCUCUGUUCUGAGCAGCCCUGAGGCUGCUCGCAGGAUUGCAGAAGAAGCCACCAAGGUUUCGACUAUUUUCAAUGAUGUCAGAAGUUCUCCACCUCCUGGUGUUUUUAGGGGUUCUAACCUGAACAGCACAAACUACGAGUGUCCAUCUGGAGAAAUCCAACAUGGGUCCCUACGGCAGAGCCCAGUGCAGAUGGCUGUUAAAAUGAACAUACCUGUGCGUGAACCCCAACCGCCUGACUGUCCUUCAACCAUUGGGGUUCAUCUCCACCAGCAUGAAGCACCAGGUAAGCACCAGAGUUUAGGUUUAAUGGAAGACCUGAUUGAUGAGAGAUCCUCUUCUAUUCCUAUGGGCGGUUCCCCUGAUUCCCCUGCCCUCCCUUCUCGUCUUCUUCGUCCAAGUUUGUCCAAAGUUGACUUGUGUUCUCCGCUGCGAGAUCCUCGUCAGCGUAAAGUCGACCUACCGGUCUCUGAUAGCCCCACACCGCACCGUCACAAAACCCCACAGUACACCGGAGAGGAAUGGACUCCAGUUGACCCAUGGUUCCUAGAUGAAGAUGAAUGGGAUGAUCACGUUGCCACAGAAAGCGUGGAAAUAUCCAGGCGGUUGUUUAUUGGUCAAAAUGUAGACGAUUCUCCAAUUAGCUGGACAUCCAGACAGCAGUGGAAAGAGCAAGUAAAAACUGAGAUGGAGAACAUUCUUUUGGCAGAACCACAUGGAGGGACUUUAAAAAGUAGCAGCCCGGUUUGUAGAAAAAGUGAGAAGGUUGUCGUCACAGAAAUAGGAGAAAAGCACUCGGUUAGUGUAACAAACCACAGCUCGGAGAAAAAUGCAGAGGAGAUGUCCACACUAACACCGCAACAGAGGCAGGCAGAAUGGAGGAAAAGGCAGGCUUUGCUUCUAGGGCCGGUGGUGUUUGAGGAAGGUGAUGGGGAGAGAGGAGAAGAGGAACCAGGGUUUGGAGAACACCAGGGCUUGGCGGGGUCAUCACCGAGUUCCAGUGGAGUGACAGGGAGCCUUGGGGACAGAGACUGCAUCUCGCCAUCCAGCCAAAAUAGCAACCAAUCAGAACAUCGAUCUUCGGGAAUACAGUUGGACAGUGCUUCUGCAGUUCCGGGUCCAUCUCUGCACUGUCAGAAAAUCGCACGUGCCAAGUGGGAGUUUCUGUUCGGGACACCUGCCAGUGGACAAGAUAAGAAUGUUCCAGAACCCUCGACGGCUCCUCUUAGCGGUCACUCCACCCCAAUCCCACCCAUGUAUCUGCCUUUGGAGGAACUCGCUCUCAGAGCCAAUCAUGAUGUUCAUCAUGUGGAGGUGGAGCUGGUGACUCCGCCCCCCGCCGCCCCAGGUACCUCUCCCAAAACCGGAAUAAUCAGACGGACUUUGAAAUACUCGGAGACGGACUUGGACGCCGUUCCGUUACGAUGUUACCGGGAGACGGACAUAGACGAGGUGUUGUUGGCGGAGCAGGACGAUGCCGACUCAGCGUUUGGGAGCAACCGAAGUGUCAUGGGAACUUCCUUUGCUGGGAGCAGCCCUUUAGGAGAGAUGCCAACCGAGAGAACAGAUGGACGGGAGGAGGAGGAAGAGGAGGAUGUUGCGAGCUGGGUGACUGUCAGGAUGCAGGGGGACGUGAGGAGGCUGCUGGCUGAUCAGGACUUGGAUGAGGAGGAGGAGUAUUACAAGGUCAUGCUGAAGAGACACCGUGAUCAUUUCAAUAAGGACCAUCCAGCUUUAAAAUCUCCUCUCCUGCUCCGAGGGCCACGAAGAAGAUCCGGAGACACUCAGGACACCUUCAGCCGGCAUUUUGAAAGCAUCAUGGAGUCUCACCGUGCCAAAGGAACAUCCUACAGCAGUCUGGAUAGCCUUGACCCUCUGACCUCCAGUACUCAGACCGUCCUGACCUUUGACCUCCCCACGCUGACUCCACAGGUACAGGGUCAGAUCUACCAGAGCGCCCGGCAGAUCGUACAACUCAGCUUUGCUCCAUUGGCGCAUAUAGAGAUGCCCAGCCUCUCAGAGUCUGCGCUGACGAUAACCUGCGACACAGACGCGACGCGAGCACCGUCCAGCGAGCGGCUAAGCAGUGGAUCAGAUGAUCGUAACGGCCAGAGCUGGCACAGUAAUCCUGCACUUUCACUGCCGAGGGAGAAGUUGGCACAUUUGGCUACAGAUGCUGAUUUGGAUCAAGAACUGAGCGAGCGCUUGGGUUUGGGCAGUAAUGAAACUCUUAGUAACAGCAACCGAGCCGACCUGGAGGCUGCCAAACGCUUGGCCAAACGCCUCUUUAACCUCGAUGGCUUCAGGAAAUGUGACGUUGCACAUCAUCUGAGUAAAAAUAAUGACUUCAGUCGCAUGGUGGCUGAGGAAUAUCUGCACCACUUCAAUUUCAGUGGAAUGACUCUGGAUCAAGCGCUAAGGACAUUCCUGAUGGAGUUUGCUCUGACGGGCGAGACGCAGGAGAGAGAGCGAAUCUUAGCACACUUUUCCCAUAGAUACCUGCAGUGUAACCCCUCUCUCCAACUAUCUGAAGACAGUAUCCAUACACUGACCUGCGCCCUGAUGCUGCUCAAUACAGACCUGCAUGGACAUAACAUUGGUAAGCGGAUGUCCUCUGCACAGUUUAUUGGUAACCUGGAAGGACUAAACAGCGGUCAUGACUUCCCUAAAGAUCAACUAAAGGCCCUGUACAACUCCAUCAAGACUGACAAACUGCAGUGGACCAUCGAUGAAGAGGAAUUACGAAAAUCGUUUUCGGAGCUCGGGGAGCAUCGAGGAGAGUCGAACUCACGGACGGUGAAGGAAACCGGCAGUGGGCUAGGAUCUCCGUCUGGUGCACUUCUCUAUAAUACAGGCUUCCUGGUGCGGAAGGUCCACGCUGACUCCGAUGGAAAGAGAACACCUCGCGGGAAAAGAGGAUGGAAAACAUUUUAUGCUGUGCUGAAGGGAGUCAUCCUUUACUUACAGAAGGGCGAGUAUCGGCCAGAUAAACAGUUAUCAGAUGAAGAUCUGAAGAACGCAGUGUCCAUACAUCAUUCCCUGGCUAUCCGAGCCACAGAUUACAGCAAACGGCCAAACGUCUUCUACCUCCGGACGGCCGACUGGAGAGUUUACCUCUUUCAAGCCCCUAAUGCUGAACAGAUGCAGUCUUGGAUCACGCGCAUCAACACGGUGGCGGCCAUGUUUUCAGCCCCACCCCUCCCUGCUGCUAUUGGCUCACAGAAGAAAUUCAGUCGACCACUGCUGCCAGGCUCCGCCUCCAAGCUGUCACAGGAGGAGCAGGUGCAAGCACAUGAAGCACGAUUUCGCUCAAUCUCCACUGAGCUAGCUCAACUACGCUCUUAUCCACCCGACCGAAAAGUGAAAGGCCGUGAACUUGAGGAGUACAGAUUGAGAGAGGAGUAUCUGGAGUUUGAGAAAACUCGCUACGAGACGUACAGCAUGCUCCUGCGGGCCAAGCAGCGCUGCGGAGACGACGACCUGUCCGUGUUCGAAGCCAUGCUUUUGGAGGAGGGAGCGAUACAGAGAGCUCAAUCCACUACCACCCUACAGGACAGCAGCCUUACCUGCAGCACUCAAAGCACCGCCGCACCACCGGACCCUCCCGCUAACGGCAACGGCUGCUCGCGCCCUCAAACCCAACGGCACAGCUAUCGGCAGGCCGUCCGGAAGUGAGCGCCACCCGCAGGAAGCUUGCGAAAAUGAGGCUUUUCUUAUUCCUGCGUGCGCCCUUCUGCUGCGUGUGCCAUCGGGAAUUGCCAUUGAUUCAGACUGAAUCUGACUCUGUGAUUGGCUGAUGGGUGGAUGAUGUCACAAUAUAAGGUGCUAAGGAAUCGGAAUGGGAGAACGUGCACUCCUCGGAGGAGGUGUGAUGCAAAAUAGAAACGCAGAACGGGUGCCAUCCGUCAUUUUUGCCUUCUAGUUAUCAGUUUCUCUCAUCACGCACUUCUAAGGCCGGCACAAAUCUGGGCCUAAACAUCGUCACGACUGUAAAAUAUCACUUUUUUACCCUACUAUGAAACUUCACAUAUUGCUCGAAAUUUUUCUCUUGUUAUAGUGAAGGGCUUGAUGCCGUACAACAUUCGAGAAGGAUCUGUGUAUAUUACACAGUUAGACACAGAUUACUAUUGUAUGCGGGCAUAUAUUUUGCGGUUAUGGACCAGUAGAGAAGCAGAUUACAGAUAAACUAACUAGUCCGUAUAGACUAGUCUCCAGCAUUAGUAAUCUGUUAUUUAUUUCAAAUAUAAUGAAUGAUCCUUACAAUCUAUUUACAAUCAACCCUAAAUUUUGUAUUUUGCACUGAGCGUAUUAUCAGACUGCAAAAAAUCAUUUAACAUUUUUGUACUUUCCAAUAAAAAUACAUAAACAUCCAAAUAGUUUCAUUUGAGAAACUAAACUGUGCAAGUUAGUAAGACUUGUUUUAGAGAAUAUAUCUUUAAUAAAAUUCACAUUUAAUUUCCCACGAAACUCACAAAAUUAAUGCUUCAAACACUGUCUUACCCCUGAAAGGAUAAGAAAAUAAAGAUAUAUCCUCUAACAACUAGAUGCUUGCUUGAAGUUGGAUGUUCGCUUGGAUGUUUAUAUAUAUUUUUACUGAAGGAAGGACAAAACUGGUAAAAAUAAAUGAUUUUUGCAUUUAUAUACCAAACCGAAGCUUAAUAUUUGUCUUUAGAGCUCAUUUGCUGUUCAAUAUUCAUAUUUUAGCAUUAGUUUUGGCUGAAUGUUUUCAUCUGCUGUGUUUAGCAUGGCCGACCCAUGACAAUCUCUUACUGUAUGUUUGGUUAAGCAGAAACCGAAUCCAGUAUAAAUAGGAGACGCGCCGUGUGUAGUUCACGAGUUAACCCAACCUGUUACCCCCGCAGCACACUGAAUGUCAUUUUAUUCCUGUCGAAUAGUUAGUGAGUGUUUAAGACGCACUUCCCCUUAAUGCUUUAUGUAAUCGAUAAGACAAAAGUGUGUUUGUCUGCAAAACUAUAUCACCUAUUUAAGGAAUGUUCUUACAUUUAUAAUACAUGUGGUGUGUCAAAAUCACUGCCACUUGCGAUAUACAGCAUAGGCCUGUGUUUGUGUGUUAACAUAGCACGCGCUUACAGUAACACUAUGAAUAUGGGUACUUGAAAGUGUCAAUGUACCGUGAAUUUUAUCAUUGUGACGGAAGUCAAAUUUGCAGUCCCGGCAUUUUUCUUGAUCGGUUCCUUUUGCAGAAGACCUUGUGGUCGGUUCAUUCAGUAAACAUGAUGAAACGGUUCCUCAUAAACUCGAGUCGGAAACUAAAUCAAAGUAUUUUGCUGUGCUAAGUCAACAAAUACAUGAGAUCUGAAUUGUUAAAAAAGUGUCACAUUUCACCUCAAAAGUCAGCAGAUUUAAAUUGUUUUGCUUAAAGAAAGAAAAAUGUGAAGCCUGUGCUUUUAUUUAUUUAUUUGUUUGUUUAUUUAUUUUUGCCUUAUUUAAUGACAAUUCUGCACACAUUUCUCAUUAUUGUAUAUGGUGAUUUUGGUUACAGUAACAUUUAUUUAUUUAUUUACCGUAAAUA